UUGGAAGGAGGUGCGGGAAGAACGGUCGCUUGUCAGCGUUCGAGUUCUAGCUUCUGUCAGGAGCGCGACUUGGAGGUCUGGCCCGCCUCGCCUCUCAAAACAAAAGAGGAAUUUUAGACGUUAUUUGCACCCAACCCUACAGCUCCCCUUUAAUUUCCUUUCAACCUCGACAUUUUAGAACACUUUGCGCCGGGUUUGGGAGUCACCGCCGUUUUGCCCUCCACGGCGCCCGCUCCUCGGCCGCGGCGGGGAACGGGGUUUGCCGGACGCAUGCGCGGGAGAGCGGGCUGGAGUUGGAGGAGGGAGGCUCUGCGCACGCGCACCGUGGUCUGAGGGAAGGAGUGAGCGAUCACCGGCCGUCUCAACACCUCCCCCCCACCUCCUCCCCACAAAGUCCCCGGUAACUCAGGCGGCCCGGUGACCGUGAGAUGAAUCACAAAACCGGGCCGCUCACGGGGGACGAUGAUGACGACGGCGGCGGCGCCGACGAGCCAGGGCAGCCCGGUGAAAACCUACGAUUACCUGCUCAAGUUUCUGCUGGUAGGCGACAGCGACGUGGGGAAGGGAGAGAUCCUGGAGAGUUUGCAGGACGGGGCCAGCGAGUCCCCCUACGCCUACAGCAACGGAAUUGACUACAAGACCACUACAAUCCUGCUGGAUGGCAGGCGUGUAAAGCUAGAGCUCUGGGACACUUCAGGUCAGGGGCGGUUCUGCACAAUCUUUAGAUCCUAUUCCAGAGGUGCACAGGGUAUACUCUUAGUUUAUGACAUCACUAAUCGAUGGUCUUUUGAUGGGAUUGACCGCUGGAUCAAGGAGAUCGAUGAGCACGCUCCUGGUGUACCAAGAAUUUUGGUCGGUAACAGGUUACACCUCGCCUUCAAAAGGCAGGUUCCCACUGAACAGGCACGAGCCUAUGCUGAGAAAAAUGGAAUGACAUUCUUUGAAGUCAGUCCACUCUGCAACUUCAAUGUGACUGAGUCAUUUACCGAGCUUUCUCGGAUUGUGCUGAUGCGACAUGGUAUGGAAAGGUUCUGGAAACCAAACAGAGUCUUCACACUGCAAGACCUUUGUUGCCGAGCCAUUGUUUCUUGUACACCUGUUCACCUUAUUGACAAACUACCACUACCUGUUGCCAUAAAAAGUCACCUAAAGUCUUUCUCCAUGGCCAAUGGAAUGAAUGCUGUCAUGAUGCACGGCCGUUCUUAUUCGUUAGCCUCAAGUAGUGGCGGAAGCAAGGGCAACAGCUUAAAGAGGUCCACCAAACCCCCCCGACCACCACAGAGUCCACCUCAGAGCUGCACACGCACUAACUGCAAAAUCUCUUAGCGACAAUGUUUUGUUUCAAGCUCUCUUGUUUGGCAGGAACUUUGUCAGCUGGUCAAGCUUGGAACCUGAACCCCUAUGGAAGUUCUUGCAGCUUCUGACUGGACCAAAUGAAGUACUCGGCAUUUUUCAAAGGAAUUUCUCUCUCGUUGAUCAAUGAGUAAACACGCUAGUUGAAACAGACACACAUGACAUUUUGUUUUUGACAAUUUGCACUGAAAUUUCGAACUAGUGUUGUAAGGAGGCUAACAGGUGCCACUGUUAAUGAAGCGUAAAGCAGUUUUCUAGGAAGGUGGUACUGGCAUGUUUACAUGGCUUUGAUCAGAACUUAAAUCUUUACCUUUUGUCCUCAUAACUAAUAUAUUAUUGCUGUGCGGUGGAAAGAAGAAUCUCUAGGAAUUGAACCAGUACAAAUGCAAAGAAUGCUCCUGCUAUUAUACAUCUACUAGCAUUACUAAACUUCCGUGCCUUUUUUAAUAUUAUAGACUAUAUCUAGCCUGCAACGUCCUGCAUGUGGCCUUUUCAUACCUUAACCAUGCCUUGCAUCUUUAACUUGUAAAGACGAGGACAACGCUUAAGAACAAAGGUUGAAUGCCAAGGUCAUAAGUUUUCCACAAUUCUUAAUACAAAUUAAUAUGUAUUGCUAUUUAAUUUAUGUUAUAGACAACUUGUAAUAUUUUUUAUCAUAAUGUAUAAUACCAUCAUUUGAUUUAGUGGUUGAUUACCUGUCUUCCACAUUAGCAAAGGUUGUGGUGAUCUUGGUUCAAGUGGUGGGGAUUUCAUCCCCAUCUGCAACUUCUGGACAAACCAAGUAUGCUGUCUCUUAAUUUCAGCAACAUAGAGCAAACUGUCAUGUCAACAAGAAGAGCAUCUCCAGGUGAAACUGAAAUCCAAAUGAAAAAUCAACUGAGCGGAAAAUGUUAUAUUUGGUCUUGUCUGUCCUUUUUCAGUUCAUUUAGAACAAAAGGGUUUUGCCAAUUAUUUUAACAUUUUAUAGUAUGCCAGGAGCACCUAUCACACUUUUCUCACCAUUUUUUUUCUCCCCCCACAACAAAAAUAUUAAAUAGAUCUGUCUCCCUGUUUUGUAAGUAAUCCCUAUAGCGUUUCUUUUCUUUCUAUAAGAAUCUUUGCAUUUUGGCCAAUAGUUGUGACACCUUUCUAUGUCAAAUGUAAGCUGACAAAAUGGAGAGAAUGCAUAGAGACCUACAGUAACGCUGAGGAUAGGCCACCUUCUGCACCCAAACUGGAUAAUAGUUGCAGUAUCACCUAGCCUUUGAGAAAAAGGGAACAAUUGAAGUAAACUGUUCAAUUAUGUAAAACACUAUUUCACAUUUACGAUAGCUGCUGUGACACUUGAAUGAUUAAGUGUUUUAUUGGCAUUUUUCUUUGUACAGUUUCAAUGUUCAACUGUGAAAUACAUUUUUUUUUGCAAAAUA